AUGGCUGUCAGGAACGCGACAGGAGCAUCUUUAUCGCUCGUUUUAAAACAGUCUCGUAAUGCACGCGAGUCCAGGAUUGCGGUCGUGCUCGCGAGCCAGUAUGAUCUAAAGAGGUCGGAAAAGGUCGUGCAUGUGUUAGAGAUUGCGCUCUGGGCACAGACGUACGAAGAGAAUGAUAAUCAUGCGGCAAGUCAAGUGAAAACUUCAGUAGCGGUGGGCGUGACGGCAAACGCUACCACAGACACGAGGAUCUCGAAGGACAAAAACGAUGAUGGUGAAAUGCGAUGGGGGUUCUCUGGGCCGGUUUACAUUAGCUAUACCAACGACGACUGCAUCAUCGAUUUCGGCGCUAGCGCACAUCUCGUCAAAAACAGCUCCAUGCUGUACGACUGGAACGUUUUCGAUGACUUACACGGCGUCAAUCUCCCUGACAAGAGCCAGUUGCAUGUGACACGCAAAGUCAAAGCGAAGAUCAAGGUGAACGUGGAUGACGACGUGUCCUAA